AUAUAGGAAGUUACAAUUCGACAAGGACGAGAACAACUUGUCUACCGGUACAAGAUUUUCGAUUACCAUUCAAAUUGUAUUAAAUCUCAAGUGUCGAGUUGCUGCAAACUAACUCUAAAUUAUUGUUGCUUUUAUGUUGAUAUUUUACAUAUUUUUUAACUUUUCAGUAGCGUAUGUGAAUAUAUAUAUUUUUUUAAUCAACUUGUUUUGGAAUCCUGGUGGGAAAGAAGCCUUCCUUGUUGUCAACUAUAGAGCUGUAGAGCAUAGAAAUGACCGGACCGUAAUGUCAGUGGUUGCAUGCUGAUUGGAGGAGGGCAGUGCCAGUGUCAGCCAGCAGGAUGAGUGUGUCUGACGGUGUGACGAGAACAACCAGCUUGGACAUGGAUCAAUUACAGCAACGGCAGACCGUCUUUCUCCAGAUCUACCCGCGUCUGCCCCAGGACAUAGCUGCAUGUUGUACCCUCCAGGUCAGCCCUCGGGCCACGACCGCUACGGUUAUCCAGAACGCAGGGGCCACGCUGGGCCUGGACAUGACCCGACACUACGCCCUCUUGGAGGUCAGGCAGGAUGGAGGGGCUGAGAGGAUGCUAAGGCACUCUGAGAUUCCUGUGGAGAGGGUGUUGCUGUGGCCCCCAGGGGCCCGGAACCAGCAUCCCCAGGAGGAGGGGUACUACUUCAUCCUGCAAGCCCAAGGAAGUGGAGGGGAUCUGGGGUCAGGGACUGGCGGUAGUGAGGUAUCUUCAUCAGAGGAAUAUGAUGACCUGUGCAGCCUCUCCACCCUGACCGAGGACACUAUCCUGUCCGCAUUGCGCCAGCGCUUCUACAAACACAACAUCUACACGUACGCCAGCGGCAUCCUGGUUGCCAUUAACCCCUUCAAGUUCCUACCCAUCUAUAACCCGAAGUAUGUCAAAAUGUACAACGACCAGCCACUGGGAAAACUGAGCCCUCACAUCUUUGCAGUGGCGGACGUGGCGUUCCACACCAUGCUGAAGAAGCAGGAGAACCAGUGUGUGGUGAUAUCAGGGGAGAGCGGAUCAGGGAAGACCCAGAGCGCCAACUUCCUGAUUCACUGUCUGACGGCGUUGAGCCAGAAGGGCUACAGCAGCGGGGUGGAGAGGACCAUAUUAGGAGCAGGGCCUGUCCUGGAGGCGUUUGGCAACGCUAAGACGGCUCAGAACAACCACUCCAGUCGCUUUGGGAAGUUUAUCCAGGUCAACUAUCUGGAGAGUGGGGUGGUGAGAGGGGCGGUGGUAGAGAAGUAUUUCCUGGAGAAGUGUCGGCUAGUGUUUAGAGAUCGGAGUGAGAGGAACUACCACGUGUUCUACUACCUGCUGGUGGGAGCGUCCAAGGAGGAGCAGAGAGAGUUCAGUCUGCUGCAUCCUGAAGACUACGCAUACCUACAACAGGAGGACUUUAAUUUAGAAGAUGCUGAGGACCUCAGGCGUGAGUUCAAGAGGCUUCAUCAGGCCAUGGAGAUGGUGGGAUUCCUGGUCCCCACCAAGAAACAGAUCUUCUCUGUGCUCUCUGCCAUCCUGUACCUGGGCAACGUGACGUACAGCCAAUCAGAAGACGGCCAGGGGCUGGAGGCGGGGCCAGCAGAUGUCCUCUAUACCCUGUCUGACCUCCUGGAGGUCAAACAGGAGUUGCUGGUGGAGGCUUUGACGAAGAGGAAACUAAUGAUGGCCAACAACACCGUAGUUCUACACUACACUCUCGAUGAGGCUGUGAUAGCACGGGACUCGAUGGCCAAGUCUCUGUACAGCUCUCUGUUUGAUUGGAUCGUCCUACACAUCAACCACGCUCUGCUCAACAGACGAGACAUGGAGGAGGCCGUCUCUUGUUUGUCUAUAGGUAUCCUGGAUAUAUUUGGUUUUGAGGACUUCCAGACGAACAGCUUUGAACAGUUCUGUAUUAACUACUCCAUUGAGAAAGUUCACUAUUACUUUCAUCAGCACAUCUUCACCCUGGAGCAGGAGGAGUACCAGGCAGAAGGGAUCAGCUGGAGUCCCAUUGACUACAAAGACAACCUGGGCUGUAUCCAUCUGAUCAGCCAGAAACCCACUGGACUGUUCCACAUACUGGAUGAGGAGAGCAAUCUCUCCCAGUCCACAGACAACACCCUGUUGGAGAAGUUCAAGCAGCUGCAUCAUGAUAACCCGUACUUUGUCCCCACCACGGUGAUGGAACCAGCCUUCAUCAUACAACACUUUACUGGGACCAUCAAGUACCAGAUUAAGGAUUUCCGGGAGAAGAACACGGACCACAUGCGUCCGGAGAUCGUGUCGUUACUACGCAGCAGUCAGCGGGCGUUCAUGCGUCAGCUGAUCGGGUCAGAUCCUGUGGCCUUUUUCCGAUGGGGAAUCCUCCGAUCCACCAUACACAUCAUAGCAGUCUUCAAGGAGGCCGGGCGCCGCCGUGCAGCCGCAGCUCUGGUGAAACCCACCUCCUGUCGCAUUACAGGGGAACUGAAGAGGAGACCCAUCUUGGCUCUACAGAGACUGGCCAGCUCCCGGCUGGACUUCUCAUUUGACCGGUCUGAUGACCACCCUCUGGAGGUGUUAGAGGACAUUUUCGUCAGCUAUGAGAACAGGAAAAAGACCAAAGGCAGCAAGCGCAAACAGCUCAUUCCCAAGAAUCUGAUGAACUCCCGGUCCCUGAAGCACAUAGUGGGUCUGACGUGCCACGACCUCACCCCCCGCUCUCUGCUCCACCCACACCCGAGGAAGCAACCGUCCAGUAUCAGCGCUCAGUUCCAGACGUCUCUCAAUCGGCUGCUGGAGACUGUGGGGAGAGCAGAGCCUUUCUUCAUCCACUGUAUUCGUUCCAAUGCCGAGAAGAAGGAGAUGCUGUUUGACGACGCUCUAGUUUUACAGCAGAUGAGGUACACGGGCAUGUUGGAGACGGUACGCAUCAGGAAGUCUGGCUACAAUGCCAAGUUCACCUUUAAGGAGUUCCUAGAGAAGUUUAAGGUGUUGCUGCCAAAAGAAGCCACCUCGGCACCGAAGGACAUAACGAACCUGCUACAGAAGAUGGGCCUGGGACAGAGCACAUACCAGAUUGGGAAAACUAAGGUGUUCCUAAAGGAGAGGGAGAGGCAGCAUCUGCAGGACACCCUGAACAAGGAAGUGAUGCGUCACAUCGUCAUCCUCCAGCGCUGGUUCAGGGCCUGUCUGAUCAGGAGACACUUCCUCUGCAAGAAAGAUGCUGCCAUCAGAAUACAGCGAUGUUGGCUGGCGUUCCGAGCUGACAACAGGUGCCUUGCAGCCACAGUGAUCCAGGCGACAUGGAGAGGUUCUCAGGAGAGGACAAACUACUUGAGAAUGAGGAACAGCGUCAAGAAAAUGCAGGCACUGAUCAGGAACAAACAAGGUCCAAACAGCCCUACUUCUAGCACUAAGGCUGAGGGAGAGAAGCCCGCCACGCCUCCCCAGCUCCCUCCCAAAACGCAGUCCACGCAUCAGUACCAAACCCAGCACCAGAGAAACCUGGAGAGGACGGAGCUGAGGAGGAGGCAGCACAGUGAGGAACACAGUCCCAACAGAAGCCCCGAGACAGGCCCAGAAGUCAAUGGACAGAAGGCCUCCCAGAGGAACACAGAGAUGGAGAAGAGAGAGGGAAGAGGCUCUCCACCUCCCCUCAACAGACCUCUCUCCUUCCCGCUAGACGCCAAGGCUGGCAGGGAUGGAGAGGGGGAGUCAACCAGCCCCUCCCAUCACACAGGCUCACUGAAGGGCUGCUCCACCUUGGAGGACAGUAAGGAGCGUGCUGAGGGAUGGAAUGUGAGCAGGAGGGAGGGAGGACACCAGGAAGAAUCCAGGAAGGGGUUGCUGUGGAACUCUGGGUCGGUGUCAGACAGCUCUCCCAUCGCUACUGAGUUUCCGAAAUGUUCUGAUAUUUCCACGGACGGGGCUAGUUUCAGCCUCCCAGAUGAGAGCAUAACCCGCAGAGACUCCAGCCGAUCCCAGCCGACCACUCCUGAUAGGCUUGGCAUCUUCAGUAAGUUUCGGAGGAAACGUCCGACUCGAAACUCACAGACAAAUGCGUACGGGAUGGUGACCAAUGAGAAUGCACCAUCUGGGAAAGGAGCCACCUCUACCUCCUCCCUGUACACUGGGCGCCGUGGUAACAACAGUGAAGGGCGUGGUAACACUACCAUCAGGAUCAGCCGAGCCACGCGGGUCUCCGAGCAGUGGAAUGCUUCUCUGGAACGGGAGAUCACCGACACCAAUGAGCUCCGACACCUGGAUGAGUUCCUGGGGAACCAGGUAAACGAGCUGAGGACCAGGGUAAAGGAGCUGUCAGCCACAGAGAUGAUCUUCCUUACAGCCACCAUGCAGUUCAGAGAGACCAUAAAGGGCAUGUACUCCGUCUUGAAGCCCCACAUCAGCUAUAAGGUCCUGAUGACGGGCUACUGCAACUGUGUGUCCAGUCAUGCUGGAGCCAAGCAGCUGACCGAGGUCAGCCUGGUGGUCAACCUGUUCCAGUCCAUCCUGGACGGCUUCAUACGGGGAGAGAUCAAACGAGAGGGGUUUGGGCUACCGGUCAAGACCGUGAACAAGCCAAAGACGAAAAAGAAAAAAUGUCUCGACAGCCCUUUAGGUCACAUGUUUAGUACGUACCAGGUCAACAUCAGGCAGUCCUGUGACCUGUGUGGUUUCUACAUCUGGGUUAUGGAGAAGGCCUACAUGUGCAGCGCUUGCAAAUUGAUAUGUCACAAGAAAUGCCUUUCCAAAAUCAUCACUGACUGCUCAACUCGAUGUGCCAGGCUGGACGAUGGAGAACCUGGCUGUCUGCACUUUGGGGUGCCUGUGUGUGUACUGACCAGUAAGACCUACCCGAUCCCCAUGGUACUUCUGAUGAUGCUGGAGCAUGUUGAGAUGAAUGGCCUGUACACAGAGGGCCUCUACCGUAAAUCUGGUUCUGCCUCGCAUGCCAGGGAAUUACACCAACUACUGGAGAUAAACCCUGAGACGGCGACUCUGGAGAACUACUCCAUCCACACGGUGACUGGCCUGGUGAAACGCUGGUUCAGAGAGCUGCCUGACCCCCUCCUGACUUACCGCCUCUACAAGGACUUCCUGCACGCCGUUGAGUUGCCAGAGCAAUCUGAGCGGCUUCGUGCGGUCUACCAGAAACUGGACGAGCUUCCCUCCGCUAACUUCAAAACACUGGAGAGAUUGGUCUUUCACCUGGUCAGAGUGGCAAAGGAGGAAGAACACAACAGGAUGUCAGCAAACUCCCUGGCCAUAGUGUUUGCCCCCUGCAUCCUGCGAUCCCAAGACACCACUGACCCCUUCCUAGUCAUGAAGGACGUCUCCAAGACAACCACGUGUGUGGAGAUCCUGAUCUCCGAACAGUUCAGACGGUACACUGAGAAGAUGAAGGAUAUCACCGAGCUGGAAUACGCUGAGGCCUUGGCCGUCAACCAGCUCAAACUCAAGAGACAGAACACUAUCUCAGAGAAACCUUCAUCGGAGCUGGACGCCCCUCACAUGGACAACCUUGACCCGUUGGAUAUAGACAUGGAAUCAGAGAGGAACCUCAUCGAAAGGAUAAAAUCCAUCAAGCAGGAGAAGGAGGAGCUGGCGUGCAGGUUGCCAGAGCUGGAGCAGGAGAACUCCGACAACGACAACCUGGACUCUGAGUCAUCAAUCAGCUCAGAGAGCCUGGACUCAGAAGGCAGAAUGAACCUGUUGUGGAGGAGCCCGAGGCAGGAGUGCCCUCCUAAGCCACCUGACCUGGCCCAGAGAACUACUACAGCCACUGACCAGGCUAGAUGGAUAGAACCCCCAGCCCACAACAAAACCAGGAGCAGGAACUUCUCAGAGCUGGACAUCCCUUUCAUAGAUGAGGAAGAGGACUAGCCUGGGUGACAGUCUGUUUUUGCUCCAAAUGGAAUUAUCAUGCCAAACAUGGCUGUACAAUGACAGCAAUGGAGUUGGAAAGAGCACUAAACAGAUCUGGGACCAGGCUAGAGGACAUCUAGGAUGGGGCCAUAUUGUCCUCCGACAGGUGGUGUCUCUAAUACACGAUGCUAAUCCUUCGACUGAUAGCAUUGGAGCUGUGUUAUCGCAACAAGAACCAAGCACAUGAUGUAUAUUUUCCUACAUCCAUUUGUGUGUGUGUGUGUGUGUGUGUGUGUGUGUGUGUGUGUGUGUGUGUGUGUGUGUGUGUGUGUGUGUGUGUGUGUGAGUGUGAGUGUGUGUGUGUGUAAUGAUCAAAGCUCAAAUCAAAUCUAAUUUUGUUUGUCACAUGCGCCGAAAACAACAGAUGUCGACCUUACCUUAAAAUGCCUAGUUUUUAAAAGGUAAGAAAAAUGUGCUAACUUAAUCUAGGGGAAAUAGUAACACAAUAACGAGGCUGUAUACAAGGGGUACCUAUACCAAGUCAAUGUGAAGGGGUACGGGUUAGUCUAACUGAGGUAAUAUUUACAGGACCAGUCAAAAGUUUGGACACACCUACUCAUUCAAGUGUUUUUCUUCAUUUGUACUAUUUUCUACAUUGUAGAAUAAUAGUG